CCGAGGCGGAAGAAGAGCGUUGAGGAAAUAACAAGGAGCUGACGGGAGGCGUUCAGGCUGCUGCUGCUGCUGCUUCUCCUCGUCGUAGGCUGACUCAUCUUCUGCCACCAUGGAUCUACUGUUUGGGCGUCGGAAGACCCCGGAGGAGAUGCUGAGGCAAAAUCAACGGGCGCUGAAUCGUGCCAUGCGAGAAAUGGACCGUGAGCGGCAGAAACUGGAAGCCCAGGAGAAGAAGAUCAUUGUUGACAUCAAGAAAAUGGCCAAACAGGGGCAGAUGGAUGCAGUGAAGAUCAUGGCUAAAGACCUGGUGCGGACAAGGCGCUACGUCAAGAAGUUCAUCACGAUGCGAGCUAACAUCCAAGCUGUGUCCCUCAAGAUACAAACCCUCAAAUCUAACAACUCCAUGGCUCAGGCAAUGAAGGGUGUCACCAAAGCCAUGGCCACCAUGAACAGACAGCUCAAGUUGCCCCAGAUCCAGAAGAUCAUGAUGGAAUUUGAGAAGCAGUCUGAGAUCAUGGACAUGAAGGAGGAGAUGAUGAACGAUGCCAUUGACGAUGCCAUGGGAGAUGAAGAAGAUGAGGAAGAAAGCGAUGCUGUUGUCUCCCAGGUGUUGGAUGAGCUAGGUCUGACGCUGACGGACGAGCUCUCCAACCUGCCUUCCACCGGUGGUUCCCUGAGCGUGGCAGGAGGCAAGAAAGCCGAGGCCUCGGCGGCUCUGGCCGAUGCGGACGCCGAUCUGGAGGAGCGGCUAAAGAACCUGCGGCGGGACUAGCGGACCUGGGGCUCGACUCCCCUCCCCGUGGCUUGGCUCUUGAGGCACUCCUGCCGUUGGGACUCGCUCUGCCGUGGCAGGGAGUAGAGCCUCACCGGCUCUUGGGGGGUGGCCGUGGGCAGCAUGCGGGGAGGGAACAGUUCGAAUGGCGCUGUGUUAGUGCUCUUUCUCCCCCUUCCUUUUAAAAGGACUUUGAAUGUCAUCUGGCAAGGUUGGGGGGGCAACGGGGUUUUCUUUUCCCUUCCCUCCCCCCACCCCCUGUAUCAUGUAAAUACCUCCAUCCCACAAGCCUGGGUGGAGUGGAGGCUCAAAAUAAGCUCUCUCCUCCACGGCCGGGGGUGGGGUGGGGGGUUGUGGGUGACGCAGCCUCUUGCAAUCCCUGCGCGGUCCCUGGUGUUCUUCUGGUGGUGGGGAGGGGUUGGGGGAGGAGAGGAGCCCCAGGCAGCACCUUGGCAGAUACCUCCUGCUCCUCCUGUGUGAAGGUGGCAAGAGUCUCUGUUGCACUUUCCCGGCCUAAAGCUUUAUAUACAACCCUGCCCCCUGGAGGCAGGUGGGUCUCGCCAUGGCGUCUGUCUGUCACUUGUAAUAAAGGUGGUAGAUUUACAUUGAAA